CAGUUUGGCAGCGCAAUUCACUCCUAUCACACGUACUGCAUGCAGCUCUACAUGUUUAUUGGUCGACGAAACUUGAAGGGUAUUAUUGGGUUCUCUGGCAAUCCUGGUCGAAUCGAAAGGCUCUCUUCGCUCUCUUCCCACUCUCCUGGACUGUGUGUCCCGUGUGUCCCGUGUGUCCUCUAGCUCAGCUAUUACUAUCGAUUUUUCUUGCCCUCUGUCGAAGAAGUUCAAAGACUGCGUUUGACUUCACAUUGGGGCUAGGUACAAGAAACGGCCAAGUGAAAUUGCUUCCCCAAACCGGCCAGAAUCAUAUCGGACCCUCAUAAUCUAGUCAUCCGUUGACUUGAAGAGUCACAAAUUUGACAUAUUUACCUGACAAGUUGGCGGCUAAUUUGGUGGGGUGGAUCGGUGGAUGAGCUUGGUCCGAUUUUUUGCCUGGUCUGGGAUUGGGUCCAUGUUGGAGAAUUCCACCCGCGAAAUCUGAAAGCGAAACCGAGAGAGAUAGUGGGAUAACUUUCCUCCCGAAUCUCACUGAUCGACAGACGCCAUGUCAGAAAAGGGUAGUCCAAGCAAGUCGAAAAAAGGACGGGAUUUCUACAAAAUCCUGGGGCUGGAGCGCACGGCCAAUCAAGGCCAAAUCAAACAUGCUUACAGAAAACUGGCCAUGAAGCAUCAUCCAGAUAAGAACCCGGGGAACGAGGAGGCCUCUGAGAAGUUCAAAGAAGUCUCCACCGCUUACGCAGUCCUGUCAGAUCCCAACAAGAAGCGGCAAUAUGAUCUGCACGGCGAAGAAGGAUCGGUCCAAGAUUUGGGCUCGGUCAACGUGGAGGAUUUGGGUACGGUCGGACGACUCUUCGGCGCUCUAGUCAGUAAAGCCGGCAUCCCUGUGCCCACUGAGAUCACCCAAAAGGUUCUCACGUCCGCACAACACAUUGGACAAGGUAAAACCGAGGUCCCCGGGUUUAGCGUGCCCAAAGUAGUGGAUUUGGAAUGGGGUCAGACCAUCACAGCCACGGUGGAACGGCAAAAUGCCCAUUUCUACCGAAUGGACAUCACCGAGCGAGAUCUCCAACACGGUGUGAUCGUGUGUUGCACUUCGGCAGGGAACGACAAGUUCAAGGUGGUGUUCUUUGACAACGACGGCCAUGUCACCAUGGUGGAAGAAAGUCAGAAACGGAAGAAGCACUCCGAUGCUAAUUUGUACGUGGUGCCAUUCGGUCGCUAUCACCUCAUGGAGUCCAUGCCGCUCUCGAUGAUGAAGCAUCUGGACGAGGAGGUUCCUCCCGUCUUCAUGAUCCUAGACACCUACGAUCUGGACGUGAAGAGUCUCCUUCCGGGCAAGCACUUGUUUUGCGUCUAUGGUGACAAUUGGUUCCAAUCCGUCAAGUACACACUGCGAUGCAUGGUUGCGGUUACCUCGAACACCGAAUGCGUAACUAAGAUCAAGUCCAGCGAGAAGAAACUCUCGGAGAAGAAAAAGCACUUGGAGAAUUUUCAAGGCGAGUUCUGCGAGCUCAAGAAGAAGUACGAGGAGGCCUGCAAGAAACUCGAGCAAGACAUCAACGAAACCGUGGAGCUCAUGCAAGAGAGAGAGAAGGCGUACGAGGAGUAUAUCCAAGAAUCCGGGGCCAAAUAUACUACCAGUAGCCCAGCCAAGCAAGCCAACACCGGGGGAGGUGGGUUGUUGGGUGGCAUCGGUAAGUUCUUUGGUUGAAAGAGAUGUUAUCCUCCAAAUGGCCACCAUUCCAAACGGCAUUUCUGGCAAAAACGAAGCAUAAAUACAUCCAUAUAAAAAAGAAGUCAUCAUCAAUCCAUGCGACGAAUUGCUUUAGCCGUUCUUCAUUUUUGUUCCUCCUCUGACACUAUGUUUUCCAGACAUGACAAUGACGGCGUUUAGCGACUUUGUUCUCAGUUCCUGUUGGAUUACUAAAUAUUGCAUCACUAUUGUUGAGGUCACCGUUUUUGAUGUGCUUGUUACACUGCUAUAAUGAAUAAGCUACGAUUGAUUCUCCAACCCACAUAACGUGGAUUUAUAACCGGGCUACUAGCUAUGCGAACCGUUGCCCCGAUCGAUUACAUUGCCCUUGACAAAAUAUAUCUCCAAUCAAUUCAUAAACACAA